UAAACUGAAACUUGGAGGAGCCAUUCAGAGACGUAUACAGGGUUCCUCCUGUUCUGGCAUUUCAAAGACACUUCUCCCGAGGAAAAACGACAACAUUCGCAAACACCGAUGAUCAGGCGAUCCUCCCUCUUAAAGCUAACAUUCUAACUGGUUCACAAGAGGGUGACAAGAAGUCGUUAUAUUUCAUAUCCCUUCACCGUCUAUCUACUCCGUACCGUGACCCCUUUCUGACUUGUCCGCUAAUUGAAGAUGCCAAUCACUUGCUCCAUAUAAUCAUCCGUAAUCGACAUCUCACAUUUCGCAUCUCAAGCGCUUUGAGACAUGACCCACGCAUGGCUAACCGAAAGAGAAACGGGAAGCAACCAAGCGCCAUCCGUACAGAUGGACGGGGAGCUCCAUUUUCAUUCCUUCCUUAGUCCUGAUUUGGCUCGUGGACAGGGAUGGUGGAUAUGAUGCGUCACAACAGCGCAAGAAGGCGCACGCCUCAAAAGCCGUCGACUCACUCGCAAGCUCCAUUGUCGGUUCGGGUGCGGGAGUGUUUACCCCGAGGUUGAGAAGCAAUUAUGUAUUGGCAAUAGGAACAACGCGGUUGGCUAAACAUUGCUGCCUUUCUUCUUUCGCCCGGCUCCGGCCUCCGCAGUAACCUUGAGCAAAGCCUCGGGUGGUUUGGGCGCUUAAAAUGGUGCAUGCCCGUCGGAAAACCACGCAACGGCGAGUAGGGGUCUGUGCACGCUUUGGGCUUUGAAACAGGCGCGAAGGACGGGGGAACGCGCUGUCUGGUCCAGCCGUGGCUGCAGAUGAUCAGAGGCCGGAUACGGGGCCGUUGCUCAUACAUAUGUUCAGCCCGCUCAUGUAUGGUAUGAUGUACGGAACAUGUAGUCCGUAUGUAUGCAUCCUCACCGGGGGGGCUGUGUGUAAAGUCCUGUUUUGGGCCCCGGCUUCUCUCUUCCUUUCAUGCGUUUCUCCCCUUCAAAACCUUCGGUCGUUAUCCGCCUUAGAAACGCCAGGGCCUGGGACCGUUGGACACCAGGGCAUUCCCCCACCCCGGUCUUUGGUGUGGGGGCCUUACGUUGGAAGAAUGCGCAAAGGAUCGAAAAAGGGAAUAAACGAGAAACCGGAUCCCCGCUUCCUUUGCACUGCAGCCUGCAGGGCCCUCCGAUCAGCGUGCCGAUGUUAUUUCGGUCGUGUGCGCGGGAACUUAUAUCAUGGAGACCCUAGCUUUUCCAGCGCAGAAGCCCAGCUCGCUUCCUGA